ACACAUGAACAAUAAACAGUGACAAUACUGGCAACAUUAACACAUGUUACAAAAAUGCUUUCAAGAAAAUAGGGUGAUUUUAAUAAGUCAGCUGAAUGAGGCUUUAGCCAUCACUUAUCUUGUGAUAUAGGUUUGAAAGAGGAACAUUGGUGAAGCUACUUAUUUUCAGCCAGACAGAAGUAAUCUUUCUGAAGCAACAUUGCAUCCAUUGACUUGGGCACUCUCACUUGCGUUUCAAGGACAGCUGUAUCCAGAUCUCCACACAAAGCUUCAACAAUGCUUAAGAAAGAAGUCAAGCCAUAUUGGAAUCUGUCUGUCAAAGUUUUGCGCGCAACGAUCCAUCAGUCCUACGACUACUUGAAUGAAUCUGACUGCUAUGUCAUGCUGAACUUACCCACGGCAUCAGCCCGCACAAAACGCACCAAGACUAUAUCAAAUAAUAACAACCCAGAAUGGAAUGAAACAUUCACUUUCCGGGUGUUCAGCAACAUUAAGAACGUUCUGGAGUUCAUGGUCUAUGAUGAGGAUCCAUUCAUGAGGGAUGACCAAUGCGGCACCAUUCUAUUUGAUGUCAAUAACCUCACUCCUGGGAAAAAGGAGAUCAAAUGCUUCAUAAUAAAUGAAACGACCAAGAAUGAACUGUGGGUAGAGUUUGAGAUGACUAAGAGCCCUGUGACACCAAGACCAUGUACAUCUAAUGGAGUGUUGGUGGCAGGACCGUUUUGUGAGCUGAAUGUGGAGAUAGACAAGCUUCUGAAGAACUCUGAAACGAUGCAGAACAUGGUGUUAAAACUGAAAGGGGCAUAUAAAGAGGAUAUUUUGAUCUCAAAUUCUGAGGAAUGCUUCAGCAUCAUGAAAACGUUACGUUACUUCAUUAACCGAGACCUGGAAACUGAACUCAAUCUAACCUCUGAGACAGCUGUCAGGCCAGAAAAUACUGUUGUAGUGGAUGGUACAGUUCCAGCUCUUGCAGAUACUGAACUGACUUCUGUCCCUCUAAAACCACUUCCAGCCAAACAGAAGCUUACCGUCUCUUUGCCUUUAGGAGAGAAUAAAGUUGAUCUGCAACUGAAUACAGAUGAUCGCUCUGAUGAAGAGAUGGAUGUGCGUCUGGAUUUUGAUAUUCCAGUGGAUGAGAAGAAUUUUCUGGCAAAGAGAAGAAAAGUUGUUUCACAAGCUCUUCAGAAAGCUCUGAAUCUCAGCUCUGCACCAGAUCCCAGCAAGGUCCCGUUGGUGGCUGUGGUGUGUUCUGGAGGAGGCAGCAGAGCAUUAACAAGCACAUACGGAAGCCUUAAGGGUCUGCAAAACAUCCAGAUUCUUGAUACAGUCAGCUACAUCACAGGGGUUUCAGGUGCCACUUGGGCUUUAGCAUCUAUUUAUGAAGAACCGAACUGGUCAAAGGGUGACAUUGAUAAAACGAUGGAGUCUGUAAAGAAGGAGCUCUCUAAAACCAUAUUCAGUUUGUUUUCCUCGGAGCAGCUACGGCAAUACAAAGAGAAGAUAGACGAGCGAGAGAAACAAGGACACAUUGUAUCUCUCAUAGACAUGUGGGGUCUGGCUUUGGAGUAUCUUUUCCGGGGGAAGAAACACAUGGGAACACUCUCUGAACUGCAGAAGACUGUGUCUGAAGGCCAGAAUCCUCUGCCUAUCUUCACAUCUGUCAACAUAAAGAAUGGCAGGACAGAAAGUAUAGAAGAUGCAGAAUGGUGUGAGUUCACUCCAUACGAGGUUGGAUUUCCCAAAUAUGGUGCCUUCAUACCUGCACAGAACUUCGGGAGUGAAUAUUACCUUGGGCACAUGAUCAAGAAGCUCCCCGAGACUGCACUCUCUAUUCUUGUGGGAAUGUGGAGCAGCAUUUUCUCUGUAAAUCUGACAAACCUUUGGAGUAUUGCCACGGGAGCCGCACCUUCAUGGACCCCUCAGGUUGAAGGAGGAAGGAGCAACACAGAGAGUAGUAAACCGACAGCACUUAGCACACACCUGAUCAACCCAGUGACUGACUUUGCUAAAAUGCUCUGUGGCUUUAUGACCAGUCGUCCCAUCGUCAGCCAAAUGUUUAACUUCCUGAGAGGCUUUAACCUGCACAGAAACUACCAUGAGAACACAGGCUUCAUCGCAUGGAAAGAGAAGCAUCCGGAUGCCUUUCCUAACACACUGACUCCAACUGAUCCAGUGCUGAGUUUAGUAGAUGCUGGAUUUGCCUUAAAUGCAGGAUUUCCACCGGUAGUUCGCUCUCACCGGAAUGUGGAUGUUAUUCUGUCUAUAAACUACUCCUGGGACCUGGAUCAGUUUAAGGUCAUAAAGCAAGCCCAGGAAUACUGCACCGAUCGAAAGAUCCCAUUUCCAAAGAUUGAUUUCAAAAAGCUGGAGUCUGAGCCACUGAGGGAAGUUUAUGUGUUUGAAGAUAAAAAUAAUCCUGAUGCUCCCAUAGUGCUUCACUUUCCCUUGGUCAAUGUCUCAUUCAAACAGUUCAAAGCUCCAGGAGUGAAGAGAGAAGGUGAAAAGGAGCUGAAAGAGGGAGCGGUUGAUGUUGACUUGAACAGUAACACAUCUCCAUAUGUCACUCACAAACUGACAUACACACCAGAGGACUUCCAGAGGCUCAUUAACCUAACUUCCUACAACAUCCAGAACAACAAAGAUGUCAUUCUGAAUGCAUUAAACAAAGCACUGAACAGAAACAGAGACAAGAGGACAGGGGAAGAUAGCAAAAAAGAGGAGAAAGGAAAGACCUGUUCAGCAACGACACCAAAACCAGGAUCACAGAAAACACAAAAGACACAAAAGUGAUCUGACUGCAAAAGUGAACACAGGCAUUUAUUGACUUAAAGCAUCUUUUCUGCUUGAUUCAACUAGAAAAAAAAUAUUUUGUUGUUAUAACCAACGCUAAAAAUAUCUGUAAUUUAGCACAGUUUUUUUAUUCAUGUUUUAAUUUUUUUAUUUUUUGUUUAUGCUUUUGAAUUGCAUUAUGGAAAGGUUCGAAAGGUAUUGAAAGGUUCGGAAAAAGUGACAUUUAUAAACAUUUUUAAUAGUUUAAAGGGAUAUAUUGUCUGGGUUGGUGUUGUAUAUUGUACAAAAACCUUGUAAUAAACUGCCAGUGCAUUUUAAGGUUUUUUUUUUACAGACUUAUGCCUCUCUUUUUUUAUUUCUUAUACUUUAUACUAUUUCAAACUAAAAUGUCUAUAAAAGUCACUUUGUUAAAAUUUGGAGUUGAAUUUUCAACAUCAAAUGUCGACAGAGAAGAGAUCAAGGUCCCAUAAUGCAAUUCACAAUUGUAAAUAAACAGAAAACUUGUGAAUCACAUUUUUUUUUUACAUACUCUAAUCAUGUUUAUGUAACUUAAAACUAGAGAAUGUUACUUGAACCUCAGAAUUAUGGGUAGCGCAUUGGAUGGACGUAAGACGUUCAUUACAUGCUCACUGUCAGCUCCACAUAUAGAGGGCAGUAUAGAGUUUUGCGCUCUACAGGAAAUAGAGUUCAAGCUCAGAGAUUCACCUGUUAAAAAAUAACUAACAAUUCUAUUGUAUCCACUAAUUGUGUGUGAUGAGAAGUGUUGAGUUGUUUUUCAUUUGCACAUGGACAAUCUGCGCUGGUACUGUAUGUAGGGCAAUUGCAAUGACACAUGUGCAAUGUUUUUAAAUGUAAUAACUUGCCAAAAUGCCACAGUUAUUGCGUUAUAUAGUGUGACAUUUACGGUGUCAUAGUUAUGGUAAUGGAUUGUAGGUCCCAGCAUGCUUUGCGGAGAAAAAAAAGGAGAAAAUGUUCACAAUAAAAGCAAUUACAUUACAGUU